AUGUAUGUUCAUGUUUCUGACCUUGCGCUAUCCCAGUGUAGGCUCCAAACAGGCAUGCGAGGUGCCUUUGGAAAGCUCCAGGGCACUAUGUCCAGGGUUCACGCUGGCCAAGUUAUGUCCACCUGCACCAAGUUGCAGAACAAGGAGCAUGUGAUUGAGGCCCUGCGCAGGGCCAAGUUCAAGUUCCCUAGCUGCCAGAAAAUCCACAUCUCAAAGAAGUGGGGCUUCACCAAGUUCAAUGCCAAUGAAUUUGAAGACAUGGUGGCUGAGAAGCGGCUCAUCCCAGAUGGCUGUGGGUUCAAGUACAUCCCCAGUCGUGGCCCUCUGGACAAGUGGCUGGCCCUGCACUCAUGAGGGCUUCCACUGUGCUGCCACCUCUUAAUACUCACCAAUACAUUCUACUUGCUGUCCCCACCCCCCCCCCAAAAAAAAGAUUAGGGAGGUUAAUAACGUGUUUGUUUACCAGAUUAUCAUCAUUUUGUUAAUUUAAUGAUUGGGAAUGGAGUAGGAGGAAAACUAACUCAGAAAAUGGGAAGAGAAAGGAAUAGGAGAAUAAAUUGAAGACUAAAUUAGGGAAAGGGCAUAUACAGAUCUGCAAAGGAAUAUCAUGUAUGACAGAAGCUCCGAUACCACAGAGCAUAAUUCUU